AUGGCACGAAAGUCCAAGAGUCCUACUCCUUUUCGUUCCGACAAAGAUGAGGAGAAUGAAGAAGAGGAAAUUCGUCAUGACUCACCGAAAGGCAAAACUCCUCCCCAAUCACCUACUCCAAUUGAAUCUCCUCAUAACAAACUUCCAACCCCACCUUCAUCACCGAAACAGACAAUUCCAGUUUCGGUUAUUCCUAUUCUUCCUCUUACCACAUCCCAAACAACAACUUCUUUUCCACCAUCACCACCCCCAGUUACUUCCAUUCCUAUUUCUACAACUUCCUUACCACCUCCUAUAAUUUCCCAAUCCACAAUUACUUCUAUUCCUGAACCGACAGUAGCAGUCAACGUAUUUGAUACGGUGGCAACUACUAAAACCGAACCUCCAAUCAUCGCUAAACCUCUUUCACCUUCACAUUCCACCGAUUUUGGUGCCACUCUCGAUGGUGUUAAUGAUGAGUAUGGCUCUACAUACUUCAGCCCAUAUUGA